AUAUACACACAUUCAAACUGAAAACAUUCACACAUGCUGGAUUUAUAGUAACACACAAAGGCACAAGCUCAUACUGGAACUAUUUCAAUCACACACAUGAUCUUCAGCUCCAUUCAGAGCCAGAGGUCAUGACACCGACUUGCAAGAUACACAGAACAGCUGAUAGACAUCUCAGUCUUGUGACAUGGAGGACCACACUGGAACGGGCACAGCUUGAGUGUGGAAUGGCUGAACUGGUGCGAAUCCGUAAGAAACGGCUGCAGAUCCCCAUCUCUAGGCUGAGGAGCAUGAUGAAGCAGCUAGAGGAGAAAGAUGUGGACUUUGAAGGAAUCAAAAAGAAUCUGGAUUUCACAGUGUCGUUACUGGAGGCAGUUUACCUCGACGGAACAAGGCAGUGUCUGGAGUCUGAGGACGACCUUCAGCAGCUGCAGUCAGACGGGGUGCCUUCAGAGGUCACUGAUUGGCUGGCGUCCACCUUUACUCAGAGGGUUCGACGGCCUGUACGACGCUCAGACGAGAAGCCCAAGUUCCGCAGCAUUGUGCAUGCAGUGCAGGCUGGGAUAUUUGUGGAGAGGAUGUUCAAGAGGGCCUACACAGCAGCCAUGCCAGACCAACCCGCAGCAGUCGUAAACUGCCUUAGGGAUAUUGACCGCUGGAGCUUUGACGUGUUUGCUCUGACCUCAGCCAGCUCUGAUCACGCACUACGAACUCUGUUCUUUGAGCUGAUCACCAGAUAUGGCCUCAACGGCCGUUUUAAGAUCCCCAUCUCGUGCCUGACAGAGUUCCUGUCUGCACUGGAGAGAGGAUACUGCAAAUACAACAACCCCUACCACAGCCACGUUCAUGCUGCUGAUGUGACUCAGACGCUGCACUGCCUGCUGCUGCGCUCUGGACUCGUGCACUGGCUGACAGAGCUUGAGGUGAUGGCAUCACUAUUUGCUGCAGCCAUCCAUGACUAUGAACACACAGGGACUACAAACAACUUUCACAUACACACAAAGUCAGAGUUUGCUUUGGUCUACAAUGAUCGGUCAGUACAGGAAAGCCAUCACCUGAGUGCAGCAUUUCGCCUGCUGCAGGACGACCAAAUGAACAUCUUCAUUAAUUUGACGAGAGAGGAAUGGAUGGAGCUGCGAUCGCUUGUUAUAGAGAUGGUGCUGUCCACAGACAUGUCCUCUCACCUACUCCAAGUCAAAGCGAUGAAAGCCUGUGUACAACAACAAGAACGGAUUGACAAGCCCAAAGCACUGUCUCUGUUACUGCACACGGCUGACAUAAGCCAUCCAUCCAAGCCCUGGGCACUGCACUCUCGCUGGACCAAAGCCCUGAUGGAGGAGUUUUUCAGGCAGGGUGAUAGAGAGGCGGAGCUCGGCCUGCCCUUCUCUCCUCUGUGUGAUCGAAAAAGCACCCUGGUAGCCGAGUCCCAGAUUGGUUUCAUAGACUUCAUUGUGUAUCCUACAUUCUCUCUGCUGACGGACAUGGCUGAAAAGAUUGUUAUUCCGUUGGUGGAGGAGAACCCAGGUCCACCAGACCCCUGUAACAGACACAGUAAUCUCUGGAAGGAGAGCUCCAGAGGUCUGCAGUGGAGUCUCGCCCAUAUCACAGCUGAGCUGGUGAGCUUCCGCUCCACUUGGACACGACACACCGAAGACAACAAGCUCAAAUGGAAGGAAAGUGGCUCCAACGGAUUUUCAGACCCCAGUGAAACAAAAGAGCAGAGAUCAAGACAAGAGGAGCUGUCAGAAAAAUCCCUGCAAGAUCCCACUACAGAUACAAAACCAUAGACAGGACUUCAUUUAUGAUAUGUGCUUCUUUUCAUAGAAUAUCUACAAAGAUUAACUUAGGUUAAUAUUGUCACUGUAACAAAACCACAAUGCCUUCUUAUACCAUGACUGAGGGAGUCAGAGGAGGAAGGGGUGGAGGAGGAGGGAGGGGUGGUUUAAGGUUAACAUCAUCUUCCCAAGGUAAGAUGCAGUGUAUUCACAGAAAUGUCCUCAUGUCUUAUUUUAAGUGCUGUAUACUAUGAUAAUUUAAAUGCAAAGUGUACAUGCUGGCCAUGUUAUACAGUAUAGUGCAUGUUAUUAAUUUAAUUUGCCACCUAAACACUUGUAAGGAACAUUUUACAUUUUAAUAGUUUGAACUGUACACAAAUCAUUUAACCAUGCAAUAAACAUAGAAAAUAUGUAAA